GCGAGCCGGCCCGGGCGUCCGAGCACCCGAGCCCGCGCCCGCGCCCCGCUCCCCCUUCCCGCCGCCGGCCGGGCCCCCGGCUCCCCGGCUUCCCCGCCGCCGCCGCCGCCGCCGCCAGGAGCCCCGCCGGAAGCCCGCGCCCAGAGCGGCGGCGCCGGGCCUGCGCGGCCGUUGGCGGAGGAGCCGCGGGCGCCAUUAGCGCCGCCUCGGCCGCGCCGGCCCCCGCGCCCGCCCGCCGGGCUCCCGCGGCCCCGAAGGGAGUCGGUACCAAAUGAGGAGGAAAGGACGAUGUCAUCGAGGCGCUGCAGCGAGGCACCCUUCCUCCCCAUGCAGUACUAAGCACUCCCCGACGCGAGAAACCCUGACCUACGCACAAGCGCAAAGGAUGGUGGAGAUAGAGAUUGAGGGGCGCCUGCACAGGAUCAGUAUUUUUGAUCCCUUGGAGAUCAUAUUAGAAGAUGACCUCACUGCUCAGGAAAUGAGUGAAUGCAACAGCAAUAAAGAAAAUAGCGAGAGGCCUCCUGUGUGCUUAAGAACUAAGCGUCACAAAAACAACCGAGUCAAAAAGAAGAAUGAAGCCCUUCCCAGCACCCAUGGUGCACCGGCCUCUGCCAGUGCACUUCCGGAGCCCAAGGUGCGGAUCGUGGAGUACAGCCCCCCGUCCGCCCCCAGAAGGCCCCCCAUGUACUACAAGUUUGUGGAGAAGUCGGCCGAGGAGCUGGACAACGAGGUGGAGUAUGACAUGGACGAGGAGGACUAUGCCUGGCUGGAGAUCGUCAACGAGAAGCGCAAGGGCGACUGCGUGGCAGCCGUGUCGCAGAGCGUGUUUGAGUUCCUGAUGGACCGCUUCGAGAAGGAGUCCUACUGCGAGAACCAGAAGCAGGGGGAGCAGCAGUCCCUGAUCGAUGAGGAUGCCGUGUGCUGCAUCUGCAUGGACGGCGAGUGCCAGAACAGCAACGUGAUCCUCUUCUGUGACAUGUGCAACCUGGCCGUGCACCAGGAGUGCUACGGGGUCCCCUACAUCCCUGAGGGUCAGUGGCUGUGCCGACACUGCCUGCAGUCACGGGCCCGGCCCGCAGACUGUGUGCUGUGUCCCAACAAGGGAGGUGCCUUCAAAAAGACGGACGACGACCGCUGGGGCCACGUGGUGUGCGCCCUGUGGAUCCCCGAGGUUGGCUUUGCCAACACAGUGUUCAUUGAGCCCAUCGACGGCGUGAGGAACAUUCCUCCCGCCCGGUGGAAGCUGACAUGCUACCUCUGCAAACAGAAGGGUGUGGGCGCCUGCAUCCAGUGCCACAAGGCCAACUGCUACACAGCCUUCCACGUGACUUGUGCCCAGAAGGCCGGACUCUACAUGAAAAUGGAGCCCGUGAAAGAACUGACUGGGGGCACCACCACCUUCUCUGUCAGAAAGACCGCUUACUGUGACGUACACACGCCCCCUGGCUGUACUCGGAGGCCUCUGAACAUUUAUGGGGAUGUCGAAAUGAAAAACGGGGUGUGUCGAAAAGACAGCUCAGUCAAAACGGUCAGGUCCACAUCCAAGGUCAGGAAGAAAGCAAAAAAGGCAAAGAAAACACUGAGUGAGCCCUGUGCGGCCCUGCCACCUGUGUGUGCUCCGUACAUCCCCCCCCAGAGGUUAAACCGGAUUGCGAAUCAGGUGGCCGUGCAGCGGAAGAAGCAGUUUGUGGAGAGAGCGCACAGCUACUGGCUGCUGAAGAGGCUGUCGCGGAACGGCGCGCCCCUGCUGCGGCGGCUCCAGUCCAGCCUGCAGUCCCAGAGGAGCGCGCAGCAGAGAGAGAACGACGAGGAGAUCCAGGCCGCCAAAGAGAAGCUCAAGUACUGGCAGCGGCUGCGGCAUGACCUGGAGCGCGCCCGCCUGCUGAUUGAGCUCCUGCGCAAGCGUGAGAAGCUCAAGCGGGAGCAGGUGAAGGUCGAGCAGAUGGCGCUGGAGCUGCGGCUGACCCCCCUCACGGUGCUGCUGCGCUCCGUGCUGGACCAGCUGCAGGAGAAGGACCCGGCUCGCAUAUUCGCCCAGCCGGUGAGCCUGAAGGAGGUGCCCGACUACCUGGAGCACAUCAAGCAGCCCAUGGACUUCUCCACCAUGAGGAAGCGGCUGGAGGCGCAAGGGUACAGCAGCCUCCCUGAGUUUGAGGAGGACUUCGACCUCAUUGUGGACAACUGCAUGCGGUACAACGCCAAGGACACGGUGUUCUACAGAGCCGCGGUGCGGCUGCGCGACCAGGGCGGCGUCGUGCUGCGGCAGGCCCGGCGCCAGGUGGACAGCAUUGGAUUCGAGGCGGCCUCGGGGGUGCACCUGCCGGAGCGGCCGGCCGCGGCCCCUCGGCGGCCUUUCUCCUGGGAGGAUGUGGACAGGUUACUGAACCCGGCCAACAGGGCCCACAUGAGCCUGGAGGACCAGCUGAGGGAGCUGCUGGACAAACUGGACCUCACGUGCUCCAUGAAAUCCAGCGGGUCGAGGAGCAAGCGGGCCAAGCUACUGAAGAAGGAAAUCGCUCUCAUUCGGAACAAGCUGAGCCAGCAGCAGAGCCAGCCCCCGCCCGCGGAGUCAGGUACUGGAGGCUUUGAAGAGGAAGGUGCCCCGCUGGGGCAGGAGCCGGGGGAGGAAGGAGAUAAAUCUCCCCCUAAACUUGAACCAUCAGAUGCAUUACCUCUUCCUUCAAACUCGGAGACUAAUUCAGAACCACCAACCCUCAAACCAGUAGAACUCAACCCAGAGCAGAGUAAACUAUUCAAAAGAGUCACAUUUGAUAAUGAAUCACAUAGCACUUGCACUCAGAGCGCCCUGGUAAUCGGACACCCUGCAGAGCCCACCCUCGCCUGUAGUGGCGCUGCGCCGGCGGCGGCCUCCGCGGGGGCGGAGCCAGCAAGCGAUGUAAACAGACGCCCUUCUGUUCUCUUCUGCAAAUCGAACAGUGUAAGCCCCCCAAAGUCUGCCAAGAACACUGAGACCCCGCCAGCUUCUCCUCAGCUAGGGACCAAAACCUUUCUGUCUGUAGUCCUUCCGAGGUUGGAGACUCUUCUGCAGCCAAGAAAAAGGUCGCGAAGCACCUGCGGCGACUCCGAGGUGGAGGCGGGGUCCCCGGGAAAGCGCCUGGACACAGGUCUCACCAAUGGCUUUGGGGGCGUGAGGAGCGAGCAGGAGCCGGGCGGCCUCCCCGGGAGGAAAGCCACGCCCCGGCGCCGCUGCGCCUCCGAGUCCAGCAUCGCCUCCAGCAGCAGCCCGCUCUGCGACGCCAGUUUCAGCGCCCCCAAGUGCGGCCGCGGCAAGCCUGCCCUGGUGCGCAGGCACACGCUGGAGGACCGCAGCGAGCUGAUCUCCUGCAUCGAGAACGGAAACUACGCCAAGGCGGCCAGGAUCGCCGCCGAAGUGGGUCAGAGCAGCAUGUGGAUCUCCACGGACGCCGCGGCCUCCGCGCUCGAGCCCCUGAAGGUGGUGUGGGCCAAGUGCAGCGGCUACCCCUCCUACCCCGCCCUGAUCAUCGACCCUAAGAUGCCACGCGUGCCCGGGCACCACAACGGGGUCACCAUCCCAGCCCCGCCGCUGGAUGUGCUGAAGAUCGGCGAGCACAUGCAGACCAAGGCGGACGAGCGGCUGUUCCUCGUCCUCUUCUUCGACAACAAGCGGAGCUGGCAGUGGCUCCCUAAGUCCAAAAUGGUCCCCCUUGGCAUCGACGAGACGAUAGACAAGCUGAAGAUGAUGGAGGGGAGGAACUCGAGCAUCCGGAAGGCCGUGAGGGUCGCCUUCGACCGCGCCAUGAACCACCUGAGCCGGGUGCACGGCGAGCCGGCCAGCGACCUCAGCGACAUCGACUGAGGCCGCGUGUCCGUGUUGAUAGCUGUACAUGUUGUAUAUCGCUCAGACCUAACUUAUUCUGGUGUGGACGUGGCUCUUCCGUCUGUUCCGGGGCCGGGGCUUGUUUCCAAGUUUUCUGUGAAACAUCCCGUCUGGGCGCGGCGGGCGCGGCUUCCGUGCGACUCUGCCCGGCACAGGUCGCCGGAGGGUGCUGCUGGCAUCACUUUCUUUGAUCCAUAGCUUUUUUAAAAAAGACUUUUGAAUGUUUAAUAAAUUUGUAAAUCAUACUCUUUACGCAGAGUACCUGUUAUUUAAUAAGAUGGGAUGUAAAUUUACAGUGACAAAUGUGUAUUUUAAGAAAGAAAAUGACAUUAUUUUGAGUGGUACUUUGUGGAAAGAGGCGGAGAGUAAAUUUCUGCCGUGUACAUCACCUGCGAAUCACCAAAAACACUCCGCGCCCUGCGGCGGGGCGGGCGCGUCCCGGUGCUGCGUCUGCCGGUCCUCCGCCGCCCGCCGGCCUCCGGCCUCCGGCAGCCCGGGGGGCCCGCGGAUUAUUUAUUGUAGAAAGUGUAUUCACUGCUUUAUAAUGAGAAAUAAAUUUGCAAAAGUAUAUUGAUAGCAUUUUUAUACAGGCACACGGACGGGCGCCGCCCGCGCGGGCUGCUGGCUGUACAGACUGCGUGUUCUUUGGUUUGUACCUUGUCCUGUUUACAGCGAGGGGCUUUCUGUAACUUGUUUUGGUUUAGAACACUUUGGUAGCAAUAGAAACUUUGGAUACAUUUUGUAUGGUACCUGUGAUGUACAUAGAAUUAGUACUUUAUUUUUAUUUUUAAGAGGUAAAGCAUUAUGUUAGGGGAAAAGGUAGGGUGGGUUUCCAAAUUCCAUUUUUUUAUAUUAAAAAAUAAAGUCAAGAUUUGGACGGUGUGGCCAUUUCAUUCCUACGUCCCCAGAGUGCUGGCGGGCAGGCGCCUGGAGGCUGGCGGGCCUGGGCCCCGGGCCUGUCCCCACGGCGCAUUCAGGCACCGCCCCUGCGUUGUCAUGGCAUUAUUUAUUAUUUCAGCUGAUCACAUUUUCAUUUUGAACUGGCGGUCUGAGGUUUUUAAAUGUUUCUCCUUCCAGUCUCCGUUGUUUGUGACAUCUCCACAGAAACUUGAAAAUAAAUGUCUUCCUUUGAUGGCUUU